AUGGGUAGCAAGGAUGAUGCAGGGCUGGGCUUCAACAUUGUUGGUGGGACAGAUCAGCAGUACAUUUCCAAUGACAGCAGCAUCUAUGUCAGCCGGAUCAAAAAGGAUGGGGCAGCUUACCUUGAUGGCCGAUUACAAGAAGGAGAUAAAAUUUUAGCGGUCAAUGGCAGAGACUUGAAGGAUUUGCGGCACAAGGAUGCUGUGGAACUGUUCAGGAAUGCAGGCUAUGACGUGUCUCUGAAAAUUCAGCGCAGGUUGCAGCCACAAAACGGCCCUGUGGGUCAUCGAGACGAUGGAGAAUCAGGUGGGCUUCCUCUAGCAACCAUUCUUGUGCCAGGCCUGGCACUCGCUGCGGCAGCAGUCUGGAUCUUGCUGAGGUAUCGACAGCGGAUGUGAAGAGUUCACGUUUUUGAUAACACUGCGUAUUUUACACAGCUAUGAUGUAAUUUAAAGAUAGAGAAUCAACGAUCUUAUCACAGACUGGUGUCAAAAAGGAUCAUUGCCUAUCAUAAAGCUGCUGCUGAUGUUCUUUAUAUAUUGAUUUUUGUUUCAGGGUGGAUGGAAGCAGGGAGGAGAAGGAGAAGGGAGAUGACUGUUCAGGUAUAGAGUGGGAUAGCUGGGUUUUUUGACUAAUAGGAGGAGGUUUUGCCAUCCCCCUCCAUUUUGCACCACGAACUUUCAAACACACUCAUCUGUUCCAUGUUUUAAGAUUUGACUUUUGGUUUAAGGGAGUGGGGGUUGGGGUGGUUUUAAAUCAAAACCAUUUACUAGAAGCUUUGACUUGUUUCCACUGAAUUUUUCUUGAAACUAAUAAUCCCUGUCUGAACCAUGAAUAAAGAGAAGCAAUGCGGAGGUUAUAUUCUUUUUUCCACUGAAUUUUUGUUUGUUGCUAAAUAAAUGCCUUAA